AUGAUCACACUUCUCUCUCCCCAUUUUGUCCUCCAAGAGGUCACUGAAGAUGACCUUGCUCUUGCUUCGCUGGCCUGGGGCUUCACGAUUGGCUUUGGAUGGCUCACCACCUGGACAGCCAUGAAGCAAACAAAACGUAUUUACGAGAGACGCGGCCUUCUCGUAUUCCGCAGUGCCUAUGUUUGGAUGAUUUGGCUCGAGAUUCUCGUAUGCCUCAUCUUCAGCAUUAUCUGUUGGUUGCACUUGAAAGGUAUAAUUCCCCCGAGUUUCGCGUUCUACUUUUGCAUUCUUACUACAUGGGCACUUCAAGUUCAAUUUCUUCUCCAAAUUAUUAUUAAUCGUUGCUCUAUCCUUCUCACGGAUCCGGUAACGGCGUACCGUCUUAAGGUCGGUGUUGCUGUCUUAAUCACAGCCGUUAAUAUCUCGGUCUAUAAUAUUUGGAUCCCCGCCCGUCUCCAGAUCUCAGAGAGAUAUAUCUGGAUCAACGAGUGGUGGGACCGUGUCGAGAAGGCGAUCUAUCUUCUUGUCGACGGAGCACUCAAUUUCUAUUUCAUUCGCGUUGUUCAACAGAACCUAGUGGCAAAUGGCCUAACCAAGUAUAAGAGUCUGUUCAAUAUGUGCAUCGUCGGAUUCUCUCUCAGCAUGGAUGUCCUUAUUAUCUCUAUGAUGAGCUUGCAUAACACGUUCGUUUACAUGCAGUUUCAUCCCUUCGCCUACAUAGUCAAACUCAAGAUCGAGAUGUCAAUGGCAGACUUGAUAGGGAAAAUUGCCAGACAGCGACAAUGUGGUGUCAUCUCU